UGGACAUCAUCCCAGUGCUGCAUCUAAAAAACACCAUGGGCAAGAUCAUCUUCUACGAGGACAGGAACUUCCAGGGUCGUUCCUAUGAGACCAGCUCUGACUGCCCUGAGCUGACACCCUACCUGAGCAAGUGCAACUCCUGCAGAGUGGAGAGCGGCUGCUUCAUGGUUUACGACCGUUCCAACUUCCAGGGAAACCAGUACUUCCUGAGGAGAGGAGAGUACACCGACUACCAGUGUAUGGGAAUGACAGACUCCAUCCGCUCCUGCCGCAUGAUCCCUCACCACAACGGACCGUUCAGGAUGCAGGUCUACGAGAGGGAGAACUUCGGAGGUCAGAUGCAUGAGCUGAUGGACGACUGCGAGUCCAUCCAGGAGCGCUACCGAAUGUCAAACUGCCAGUCGUGCAACGUGAUGGACGGCCACUGGCUCAUGUACGAGCAGCCCCACUUCAGAGGCAAGCAGGUGUACGUGAGACCUGGAGAGUACAGGAACCUCAGAGAGAUGGGAAACAGCUCCAUGAAUAGGUAUAGCUCCAUGAGGCGUAUCAUGGAUUCCUGCGAGGGUCAGAGUAAUUGAUUCUGACAUUUCUAUUGUCCUUACAUUCUGAAUAAAUUUCCUAUAAUAGAAAA